GUAAAGUUUGACAAGAUGGCGGACGUUGUUUGUGUUCGUUCGUCGCGUAUGUGUGGUGAAAAGUUAUUUUACUACAAUGUAUGUAACUGUAUCGUGGGUAUCCACAACCAUGAAAACAACGAUCAAAGCCAAAAACAACACAGCAAUGACAGUUACCAAAAUGGCUGAGGUAUCAGCUAUUUACCAGGCAUAUUUUACGGUGGGAGGGGUUAUGAACAAAAUCACUGUUGACACAUAACAUAAACUAGAGUGCAACGAAAUAAAAGAAAUCGAAAUUCUCUGGUUCUUCUGCGGACGAUGCGUGGUAUAUGGUCCUACGUUAUGGUAUUUUGUUUAACUGUCAUUAGAGGGGAAAGUAGAAAAGCAUAAAUUUUGGCAUACAUCCCUCUUUUUCAAUGUGAGAGCGAAGUAACUAGUCAGGUCCCCCAUUAAACGUUUCACUGUCCAUCCGCAGAAAGUUGAUGUAAUGACCAAGUUCUGAGAGUAAAAUUUCCAUUAACAGGUUUUCGUCUGUAUAUUUCUCUCAUAGUUUAAACUAUUCCCUGGACCAACAUCUUGUUUUCGAUUUCAUCUUCUUCAUUAAACUUACCCCAAAAGUCAAUGCAAGGACGGAAAAGUACCUGAAAGGAGGACCAAUUGCGUUUCUUAGAAAACGAGGAAGAGACCGCCGCCACCGCCACCGCCACCACCACCACCACCACCACCACCACAAAGGCAGGAGGCUACAAAGGUAGAAGAACCUGAGGUGUCUGCAGCUGUCAUUACUCCUGGGGGGAAAUGCUUUGUGUGCGGCAAAGCAGCUGGGUCAACAGGAUCACCUAUGACAGCUCUUACAACCACCACAAAAAUCCAGCUUCAUCAAAAGCUGGGUAGAGUUAUAGGAGCAGAAUUGGAUCUUGUUGUUGAUGAAGAUGGAGUACUUUGCCAUGGCUGUUAUCGUCUGCUGAACUACAUGGACCGAAUUGAAGUGGAGCAUAGAUUGCUCACAAAAUCAGUUCUGGACUGUAUGCGAAGGACACUUGGUCUUGGUUACAUCCAAGGUGAUAAUAAUAUGCCUGAAGCUGUUCUCGCCAGCAUAGAAAAUUGCAGCAAAAACUCCAGAAUUCCUGCGGAGAAGCACGAUAUUUGCCUUGGCCUGCCUGAAAAGGAAACGUCGAAUGAAGUUGUGCCACGGAGUAAAUCAGUGACAUCUAAUGGUGCUCUGUUAUGGAGUAAGACGGUGGCUCCGAGUGAAAAAAAGAAGAACCAAACAUUAGUUAUAGCCAGAGGGCCUGAAAAAAAGACUGAUGCUGAGCAGGAUAAGCAAAAUUAUCAGUGCAAAAUCUGCAACUUUCAAAGUAAACAUAAGUCAGUGUUCCUCUUCCAUUUGCAGAGACACCUUCAAAGUAGUUAUAGGUGUGAUUUCUGCUGUGAAUUAUUGCCAAAGGAUUUAAACUACUGGAUAGCAAGGAUGCAGAAACAGGAAAUGUAGAAACUGCCAACAAAAAUCUAAUUUUACAUACUACAUCACAGAAAUGAGAGGCUAUGUGGAAACAAUGAUUGGAGAAAUA